AAACAUAAAAAAAAAUCGGCCCACUCCGAGAUUAACAGGGAUAGUUGUCAAAUUAAUUGAAGUUUUUUUUGAGAAAAAAAAACAAAAAUGGCGAAAUUUCAAAAAAAUAAAAAUUAAGAUUUUACUUAAAAAAAACGAUUAUUUUAUAUAAUUGAUCGUGCUAAAUUUUUUUCGAGUAUUUUUUCGAAAAGUUCAUUCAAAAACAAAAAUUUAAAAAAAAAAUUGUCCCCAAAAGUCAAUUUGUACAAAAGUUAUGGCUAUUUGAAUAUAAAAAGCCAUUUUUUUAGCAAAAAAUAGAAAAAUUCAUAACUUUUUUGAAGUAGGACAAAAAAUUUUGAAAAAAUUCUCAAAAAUGUUUUUCAAAGAGUAGAAAAGGAUGGAUAAGUUUCAGCAAAAUCUAAAGGGGUCGGGUUCAAAAGUGGUCGAUUUGGUAUGGAAUACCCCAUAUAUACAAAUGAGUAACAUAUUCGAGACGCAAGAUGAAGGUGUAGAGAUUCCAAUCGUUGAUAGGAUUGAGCGGCGCCAAUAUUCAGUGGGAAUAUCAAGAACGCAACAAAACUCAGAUAUACUUGAAGCGUUAAAAACGAUCAUUACGGGCCAAAGGAAUAUUCAGGAAAGGCUGGAAAAAUUGGAGGAAAAUGUAGUUAUAAUUUUGCAGAACCAAAAAACGCUUAGUGAAGGCCAAUCGUCACUGGUUCACAACCAAACUGCAAUAUUUGAAAAAGUGAAUGAGAUGGAGUCGAAAAUUGUCGAAAAGGCUGAGGUUUUGGCGCAAAAUAAGGCAAUCAGAGAGUGCAAAGUUCUCUUAAAACGAGUAGAGCAGUCAGUGUGCCGCAUGACCGGCGAAGUGACUGAUAAAGAGCUGGACGACGUCGCUAGCACUUUUCCAAUUGAGUCGCAAGCAAUAGUUGCGGAAGUGGGGGAUAGACUGCAAAGCCAGGACUAUGCCCAAACAAUGACUACAUUCCUUCACAAACUUAAAGGCGCCAGUAAUAAUGUGGCUGACGUAAUGCCUAAGGUUUUCACGGAUGAGCUUUUGGAAGGUUACAAUUGGGAUGGCAGGUGGAGCAAGAAAUCCCUAUGCAAGUUGGCGCUGGUUGAUACCAUUUUAAGAAAUGUGUUUCAACAACAAGGAUAUAGAAGUUUCGAGGAAAACAUAAAGCGAUCAGUACUGCUCAGCCAUCAUAGGUUAAAAUAGCGCACAUAUUUAAAGAAAAAAAGGAAACAAUAAUUGAAUUGAAAUGAAG